UCCGUCAACAUGUACACGUCGGGGUCAGUCCUGGGGAGGUUUUCCAUAUUUAUUAUUCUGCACCAUCUAUUCAUAUCGAGCACCAGCGCCGAUCCUGUCCAAUGGAGGGGAGUCCCACAAAAGUGUUGUCAAUUGAACAGUCUCUUCAACGAGCAUCUCACGUGUGUGAAUCGGAUAAUAAUCAAUGACUCUGGUGUUGUGUUGGAGAAGCCGGUCGAACGGGCCUUUCAGUGUCUAAAUAAUGAGUCAUUGGUGCUGCAUAAAGAAUACAGAAUAGGAUAUACAGGUUACCUGACGUUCAGCGAAGGGAAUGAUUCCUGCAUUGAAGAUACAUCCGACGGGAAAACGAUAAUAGCCAAAUGUGCCAAUCAGCCUUCAGCAAUUCUUGGUUUGGGCUCCGUGAUAUUUUGGGGCGCUCAGACGUACAUGUCCACAAAUCUCGCCCACAUGAUCUUGUGCAUUGUCGUCGUGCUCGUCUACCUGUCCGUUCCAGAACUGGGACGAGGCCUGUACAACCGUGCGGUUGUCCGACACAACAUUUGCCUCCUGAUGCAAGGGGUUGUGCUGCAGCUUCUGGGUUAUUGUGAGCUCAAAAAUUGCUGGAUUAACCAUCACAUCAUGAUCUUUCUCUGGCUCACUCUCCAGUACUUCACCAUUGCAACUGUGUUCUGGCUCAACGGAAUAUGCUUUGACAUGACACUGGCAAUAACCAAGUUUCGAUGGAUAGCUCAAAAUGCACAUAAAAGUAGUGAAGUUGAAUCACGCAAAUUGCUCAUGUACGGUAUUUUUGCCUGGGGCGGACCAUUAUUACCGACUCUACUCGCUGCUCUUUGUGACUAUAUUCCUCAAGUGCCCCGGCACUUCGUCUUGAAGCCCAAUUACUUAAAUUACAGAAAUGGACCGAGUGCAGUUGUCAAUCUCUACUUUUUUCUUCUACCAGCGUUCGUUCUUCUUUUGAAUAAUAUUCUGUUUGUGUUCACGACCCAUAGGAUCGUUAGGAUACAGCGGAGCACUGAAAUAGCGACGCGUAAUCAAAAGAAUAUAUUGACGAAGAAAUAUUAUUUGUUCCUGAGACUUUAUCUCCUCAUGGGGGCGCCAUGGUUUUUCGGUAUGGUAUUGGCCUGCCUCAACAUUCUCAUCGUAUUGAAAAUAUGCAGGAUGAUUCAACCGAUUCUAUGGUUACUGAUGCUAACUACACACAAGGCUAUACUGAAACGAGUUAAACAAGUUGUUGAGAAAUGUAAACACCGGAGGAAAGAAGAAAAUUCUUCUGCUCCUCCGUCUACUGUAAGUUCAAAUGAUUGAUUAAAAAUAGAUUCACCUUUUUUAUUUAUGCUCGUAGCAGUUAGAAUUAUCGUUAAUUCACAUCCGAAUGAGUCUCCUCACGUUUAUAAUUUAAUUGUUUUCCCUGAGUUACGUAAUAAUGUAAAUUAUUAUUCUGAAACUUUUUGAAAAGUUAGAAUGAAUGGGGAGAGAGGGGAACUCCAACGGAGUGAAAAUUGACAACAAAUUUACGACUUUUGUACGACUGACCACUACAAUACAUCUGUAUUCACGUGUUAUUUACUAUUCUCUUUGUGUCAAGUUGGGAGUCACCAUGAUUUCAUUCUCGCGCGCUGGAAUUCCCAACGCACUCUCGUGGAAAAUUACGAGAAUAAACAUUUCCUUGUCACCACACAUGAUAUUAUUUUUUACCCAUUCAUAGCGGAACAUGGGAUGAUGAAAAUGUUGUUCGUUUGUAAUUCAUUUGCCCAAGCAAAUCGGGAAAUGAAAG